AAUGGCAUAUCAACAACCAAAGACGUUCACAGGAAGCGUCGCAACAGAUCAAGCCCUAGCAGGGUUCACCGCGGGAGCUGCUUCUACGGUCCUGCUUCACCCUUUGGACUUGGUGAAGACCCGAUUUCAAAUCGAUGCUUCAACACGCCGUCUGUCCAGCCUCGAUGCAUUUCGCCGUAUAUGGAGAGACGAAGGUGGGGUUCGUGGGCUGUAUCGUGGUGUGACUCCUAAUUUGGCUGGAGCGACAGUGUCAUGGGGAAUGUAUUUCUGGUGGUAUUCCAUCAUAAAAGACUGGAUGCGCGAUACCCCCGCCCAGCAACUUGGACCCGGGCAGCACCUCCUUGCGUCCGCUGAGGCAGGUGCAUUGACUGCAGUCUGCUCAAAUCCUUUUUGGGUUAUCAAAACCCGAAUGUGCGCCACACGGGCAUCAGACGCAGGUGCCUACAAAGGCGUUCCGGAUGGCUUGAAACGUCUAUGGAACGAGGAAGGACUUCGAGGGCUGUACAAAGGCAUGGUCCCGGCAUUCUUUGGAGUGUCGCACGGUGCUCUCCAGUUCAUGGCCUAUGAAGAGAUGAAGAAAUGGAGACAGGAGGCCAUGCCGGGGAAAGACAUAAAUAAGCUGGACACGGGCGAGUACUUGGUCAUGGCAGCCACAUCCAAGGUGUUUGCCACAGUAUGCACAUAUCCAUACCAAGUGUUGCGCUCUCGUCUGCAGUACCAGAUAGGACACCAAAAUGUCGUUUAUAAAGGAGUUUUGGGAACCAUCAAGAUAAUAUACAGUCGUGAGGGUAUUCGCGGUUUCUACAAGGGAAUGGGCAUCAAUAUCAUCCGCGUUCUUCCGGGCACAUGUGUGACGUUUGGGGUUUACGAGGGUGUCAGCAAGCUGUUCAGACUCUAUGGAAGCUGAACGCUGGUUGCCCUGUUCAAGGACAUAUGUAUUUCAUAUUUACAUUCUUUUUAAAGCAUUCGAUCUAGAUUCCCCGUUCAAUCGCUUUAAUGCAGUUCAUAAAAGGAUGAUGACAAUCAAGGUCACCUCCAAAAUAUCGCGCAUACAAACGCGUUAUAGGUAACCCAUAC